CACAGGGAUACAACAGCACCAGCAUCCACUGACGAGCCGCGGGGCCUGCGUUAUCGAGGGACUACAGAUGUAGCCGAAGGAGCAUUGCGCUGCCCCCGCUGGUGUUCAUACCCCACACUGCAUGGCUUUACCUGCUAGUGUCUCGCAUCGCGUCUCCAUAGCCCCAGUCCUGCACACCCUCAUGCUGACGUCGCAGGCAUCUGACAGAUUGUACCUAUGACUGCCUGGAUUGUUCUGCCUGUCAGCUUGUCUGCCUUCUCCAUCACGGGCAUAUGGAUCGUUUAUGCCAUGGCAGUAAUUAACCACCAUGUAUGCCCUGUUGAGAACUGGUCAUACAACUUAACAUGUACAGAGGUAACGGCUAAGAGGGGCUUCCCAAAGACCUGCUGCACUCUUCAAGACAUUCCCCUAAUCAGUAAAUGUGGUUGCUAUCCACCAGAGAGCUGUCUCUUCAGUUUGAUAGGCAAUGUUGGGGCCUUUAUGGUGGUUAUGGUGUGCAUGCUGCGCUAUUCUCAAGUGAUUGAACACAGUUAUCACUGCUGGACCAAUACGAGCGCUUUGGUGUCUGGCUGCAUUAACGCUCUGGGUCUGGUCAUGGUGGGCAACUUUCAGGUCGAUCACGCUAAAACGCUUCAUUAUGUUGGAGCUGGUGUUGCGUUCCCUGCCGGCUUGCUCUUUGUGUGUCUGCAGUGCGUUCUGACGUAUCGUAUAGCGGAGACGGCGCUUGACUACUGGAUGGCUCAUGUGCGUAUAGCUCUCUCAGCUGGAACUCUGGUCUCACUUGUCCUCAGUGGUAUCUUCUUCGUCCACGAGAGCUUUAUGUUGCAGCAUGCCGCAGCCAUAUGUGAAUGGGUCUUCACUGUGCUGGUUCUGGUCUACUACGGCACCUUCACUUAUGAGUUUGGCACGGUCAACACUGACACCAUGAUGGCAGCCUUAAUGAAGCGCAGUCAACAUCACCAUCCGAGCUCAGGGGUCAUCGUGGGAGGCAUCAGCAAAGGUGUUGUGAUGGGAUGUGGUGCCCACAGCCUUAAGUCUCCCAGGGGCAGUAGCACCUCCACACACCUCAACUGUACACCAGAGAGCAUCGCCAUGCUUUAGGGCUUAACCGAUACAGCAUUCUCUCAGACCUUUCAGUGUAUAGUCUCAGAUAGAAAUCCUUUUCACAUUCACAUCAUGGAUUUGUGAACAACUGAUACAAGCAAUAUUUUUUUUUAAAUUAUUUUCUCCCUGUAACACAGUUAAUGAUGGGCAAGGAGGAGGCAAGAACCGGCUUGUCAACAUAAAUCAUAAUUAAAUGCAAACUUAAACCAAAAGCACAAACAUAAACACACAGGACGGACAUGCCCGUAAUUCUCUCUCUCUCGAACCAUCGUCACCGGCCGCCUUUAUCCCUCGCGCGCCUCAUCAGGCCGAUUGGGUACCGGGCGUGCGAUAUUCUGACCCGGCCCUGCCCCCCUCCGCUCCACAUUCCCCAAGUUGGAAUGCCCAAUGCGCUCGAAGUCCUCGUGGUGGCGUAGAGACUCGCCUCAAUCUGGGUGGCGGAGGACGAAUCUCAGUUGCCUCCAUGUCUAAGACCGUCAAUCCACGCAUCUUAUCAUGUGGCUUGUUAAGCGCGUUACCACGGAGACAUAGUGCGUGUGGAGGCUUCACGCUAUUCUCCGUGGCAUCCGCGCUCAACUCAACACGUGCCCCACCGAGAGUGAACAACAUUAUAGCGACCACGAGGAGGUUACCCCAUGUGACUCUACCCUCCCUAGCAACUGGGCCAAUUUGGUUGCUUAGGAGACCUGGCUGUAGUCACUCAGCUCGCCCUGUAUUCAAACUCGUGACUCCAGAGGUGGUAGUCAGCGUCUUUACUCACUGAGGUACUCAGGCCCCCCAGUACAAGCAGUAUUGAAUUGCUUUGCAAAGUUACAGCAAGUUUGCAGACUUGUUAAUUAUAAUCUAAAAAUAAUGGCCUGUCUGUCAUAGCUAAUGUAUUUUGCAUGAUAUUUUGCGUUAAUAUUUAAGACAACUUGGAGCAACGCAGCCCCAGUAACCAGCGCAAAUUAACCCUUUUCAUGAUUUAUUUAAAAGUGUAUUCAUUUACUGUUAAAACUGCAAUAACUUGUAUCUAAAGGUGAGUUCACACUGACAGCGUUUAAAGGAAUAGAAAGGAUUCAAGAAAUAGAAACUCCACAGAUUUAAUAUUAGCAAACUAUAGUUUUGGCAAGUUGUUUAGGACAUCUACUUUGUGCAAGUAAUUUUUCCAAAAAUUGUUUACAGACAGAUUGUUUCAGUGGGUCAGAAGUUUACAUACACUAAGUUAACCAAUUAGCUUCUGAUAGGCGAUGUACUGAAUUGGAGGUGUACCUGUGGAUGUAUUUUAAGGCCUAACUUCAAACUCAGUGCCUCUUUGCUUGACGUCAUGGUAAAAUCAAAAGAAUCAGCCAAGACCUCAGUAAAAAAACAAUUGUGGACCUCCAUAAGUUUGGUUCAUCCUUGGGAGCAAUUUCCAAACGCAUGAAGGUACCAAGUUCAUCUGUACAAACAAUAGUAUGCAAGUAUAAACACCAUGUGACUAUGCAGCCAUCAUACCCCUCAGGUAAGAGAUUAAUUCACCACGUUCAUCUGUACAAACAAUAGUAUGCAAGUAUAAACACCAUGGGACCAUGCAGACAUCAUACCGCUCAGGAAAGAGAUGCAUUCUGUCUCCUAGAGAUGAACGUAGUUUGGUGUGAAAAGUGCAAAUCAUCUUCAGAACAACAGCAAAGGACCUUGUGAAGAUGCUGGAGGAAACAGUUAGACAAGUAUCUAGAUCCACAGUAAAAUUUGUCCUAUAUUGACAUAACCUGAAAGGCUGCUCAGCAAGGAAGAAGCCACUGCUCCAAAACUGUAAUAAAAAGCCAGGCUACAUUUUGCAAGUUCACAUAGGGACAAAGAUCUUUCUGGAGAAAUGUCCCCUGGUCUAAUGAAACAAAAAUCAAACCGUUUAGCCAUAACAAUCUUCGUUAUGUUUGGAGGAAAAAGGGUGAGGCUUGCAAGCCGAAGAACAUUAUCCCAACUAUGAAGCAUGGGGGGUGGCAGCAUCAGGUUGUGGGGCUGCUUUGCUGCUGGAGGGACUGGUGCAUGUCACAAAAUAGAUGGAAUCAUGAGGAAGGAAAAUGAUGUGGAUAUAUUGAAGCAAAAUCACAAGACAUCAGACAGGAAGUUAAAGCUCGGUCACAAAUGGGUCUUCCAAAUGGACAGUGUGCCAUACCUCCAAAGUUGUGGCAAAAUGACUUAAGGACAACAAAGUCAAGGUAUUGGAGUGGCCAUCACAAAGCCUUGACCUCAUUCCAAUAGAAAAUUUGUGGGCAGAACUGAAAAAGCAUGUGCGAGCAAGAAGGCCUACAAACUUGACUCAGUUACACCAGUUCUGUCUGGAGGAAUGGGACAAAAUUCCAGCAACUUAUUGUGAGAAAUUUGUUGAGGACUACACAAAACAUUUUGACACAAGUUAAACAAUUUAAAGGCAAUUCUAUCAAAUGCUAACAAAGUGUAUGUAAACUUCUGACCCACUGUGAAUGUGAUGAAAUAAAUAAUUCUCUCUACUAUAAUUCUGAUAUUUCACAUUCUUAAAAUAAAGUAGUGAUCCAAACUGACCUAAGACGGAAAGUUUUCUACGAUUAAAUGUCAGGAAUUGUGAAAAAGUGAGUUUAAAUGUAUUUGGCUAAGGUGUAUGUAAACUUCUGACUUCAAAUGUGUGUGUGUGUGUGUGUGUGUGUGUGUAUGUAUAUAUAUAUAUAUAUAUAUAUAUAUAUAUAUAUAUAUAUAUAUAUUAGCCACAAUAUUAAAACCACCUGCUUAAUAUUGUGCAUGUCCCCCUCUUGUCACAAAACCUGCCUCUCAAAAUAGUAUUCUGAGGUGAUAUUCUUCUCACCAUAAUUGUACAGAGCGGUUAUCUGAGUUACUGUAGACUUUGUCAGUUCAAACCAGUCUGGCCAUUCUCUGCUGACCUCUCUCAUCAACAAGACAUUUCCGUCCACAGAACUGCCACUCACUGGAUGUUUUUUUGUUUUUGGCACCAUUCAGAGUAAAUUCUAGAGACUGUUGUGUGUGAAAAUCCCAGAAGAUCAGCAGUGAGGGGCAGUUCUGUGGAUGGAAAUGUCUUGUUUGAUGAGAGAGGUCAACAGAGAAUGUCCAGACUGAUUCGAGUCUAUGGACCUACACAAUGUUAGGCAGGUGGUUUUAAUGUUAUGGCUGAUCGGUGUAUUUAAAUUCCUCCAGAUUAAUAUAUAUAGACUAUUAAAAGCUUAGUUUGAUAAAUAGCGUACUUAACUAUUUAGUUAUUCUAGCAUUGUAACUGAGCUAAGUCUCACUCACCACAAAAUACAAGAGUCCCUAGUGGGUUUUGGGCUUAGUUAUAGUUGAAAGUCCCACUUUUUAUAUCAAAUAUAUAUUUUUUCUGAUUAUUGGGAUUUUGGUUAAACAAUAAACUGCAUCUUUGAUUUUAUUCAUUUUGGACUCUUGUAGCUUCUGUGUCGGUGCUGUCAUAUUAAGAAAAUUAUUAUAAUAUUAUAACCUUCAUUAUCUGUAUUCUCACGGAUGACUGAGCUCCUCACCCUAUCUCUAAGAGAGAAGCCCGCCACCCUUCUGAGGAAGCCCAUUUCGGCCGCUUGUACUCGCGACCUAGUUCUUUCGGUCAUGACCAAGGGUCAACCUUCAUGAUCAUAGGUGAGGGUAGGAACAAAAAUUGACCGGUAGAUUGAGAGCUUUAGCUUCCGGCUCAGCUCUCUUUUCGUGACAACGGUGCGAUAGAGCGAGUGCAAUACCGCCCCCGCUGCCCCGAUUGUCCGGCCAACCUCCCGCUCCAUUGUCCCCUCACUUGUGAACAAGACCCCGAGGUACUUGAACUCCUUCACUUGGGGCAAUACCUCCUUCCCUACCUUGAGUACACACUCCAUCGGUUUAUUUUAAUCAUAAAUCAUAAUUAAUUAAUCAUACUUUUAUCAUGUGGUUAAAGUUUUCUAGAUACCAUUCAUACAAAUCUAUUCUUUUAGUCAUUGUAAAUGAAAAUUAGCCUCUGUACUUCAGUUUCUUAUGUUCAUGUUCUCAUAUCGUACCCAUGAGCAAACUUUCUGGGAAACGAUAAUAACAAGAGAACAUCGUUUCAAAAAGUCAAAUGUAGAUGCUAUAACAUGGUAUAACCAGAAUGUUUAUUGGAACUUUUAUUUUGUUCUUCUAAAUUGUCUUUACAAUAUCAAACAGGAAAUGCUUGUAUUAGAGCAUAAAGAGGUAAAGAGGGUUUGAAAAUAUAGUAUUUAAUUAACUAAUUAUUUUGGAUAAUUUAGUUGGGGAACUAAAUAAUGGGUGGUUAUUUGGUGCUGUUGACUGCUUUGCAUUUAUCUUUGUAAAUGUUUAAUAUGGCAACAUUUUGUCAACACAUGGUUUUAUUAUUAUUAUUUUUAUUUGUUUAUUUUUUCUUCACUUUUUGUCCUGACAUUAAGAGGUGGAUUUUGGUAUUUUUAUCUGUAGUAUACAUGGUAUAUUGUAUAAUUUUUUUUGUUGUAUACUUGGUUAUUAACUCAGUUUUAGGGUUACAUAACUGGCGUUAGACAAGCUCAUAGAUCGUUUCUGCAAUUCAUUUGAAUAUUGAAAUGGAUUAUUUUAAUACAUCAGCAUAAAUGAAGCAGAGCAUUUGUUAUGAAGAGCUGAGCAUAAUGUUGCAUUAAUCAAAGAGUAUACUGCAAUGAGACAAGGGUCAAUAAUGAAGAAAUGAUGGCUAGUCAAUAUCAGUCCACUGUUAACACCACUUUUCUUAGAAAUCUCAUUAUAAUAUACAGAAUACUCUGUAAAAAAAAAAAUACAAAAUCUCAUAAGAUGUUGGAAAUAAAAUAGCAAUAAGGCAGGAAACCUGAAUAUGUUUUUUUUUUUUUAUGUAUCUAGUGGACCCGAAAUGUGAAGUUUAUGUAUUUUGAUGACACCGUAUUUUAGUUUCUAGAUAUUGCUCAUUUUAAAGCAAUGUGGGUUAUAUUGAUGAGUGUUACUGAAAUCAGUGGUAUUGGUUAUGUAUCAUCUAUUUGUUUUAUAAUUUCUUUGUAAUGCCAGACAAUGAAUCAAUGCAAUAUUCAACUUUGUUAAAGUACUUGUAUACAAGUAUACCUCUGUGUGGGGAGUAGGAUAGUUUCCUAAAGGAGCUGCUAAGACAUAUUAUGGAAUUUAAACUGAAUCUGUUUAUGUUGUUUCUGUUUUGUGUGAAAGGCCAAAUUCAAUCAUGGAUAGAACUCCUGUGAACUACCUACCGCUCCAUAAAGCUCAGCCAAGUUGUUACAUUUUUAGUAAUCAAAUAUUAAACGUUUUAAUAAAGCACUAAUCACAUUUUAUACUAAUUUAGUUACCUUUGUUCAGUGAAAUUCUUCCAACAAAUACAUCAGUGUCGGUCACAGUGUAAAGACUUCAAAAACAGUAUUUAGUUGACAUGUGAAUUGUAAACUGAAAUGGAUCUGUUGACUUGUUACACUCAACUUUCUUUUGAGUUAUGACCCAUUCAUCGGCAUGUUUCCUAAUCUUUCAUAUUUCUUUUGUGAAAUAAAAUGCACCUGAAUUUAAAAGAUGCUAUUUGUUGAAAAGCUUGUUUGCUGCCUAAAUGAUAUACAGCACAAUUACAUCAUGUUUAAUAUACAUUUGAAGUCAGAUGUUUACAU